UUCCAGUUUAGGCCGGGUGGUUCUUUGUGAACGUGCUGCUGAACUCACUGAAGGGAAACUAAUCUUGGUUUUUAGGGACUGAAACAUGGAUGAAAUGUCAUAUUGUUCUUUUUCUGGGGGAGAAGAAUACAAAAAUCACUUCCAGCCUGGUAUAUAUGUGUGUUCUGAAUGUGGGCACAAGUUAUUUUCCAGCAGGUCAAAGUUUGAGCACUCGUCUCCUUGGCCAGCUUUCGCAGAAACAAUCCACGAGGACAGUGUCUCCAAACAGCCUGAAGCAUGGGGACCUAUAAAGGUUUGUUGUGGAAAGUGUGGCAAUGGAUUGGGCCACGAGUUCUUGUACGACGGGCCGAGAGAGGGUCUGUCACGAUUCUGAAUAUUCAGCAGCUCACUGGAGUUCAUCCCUAAAGAAAAGGUUGAUGGACAGAAAGGUGAACAGUGAAAGAAGCUCUGCAGGUGCAGACAGUGGAUGAAGUGCUCUGUGAUAAAACCACGUAGGUCUCCAGGGCACUGAUGGACCCUGGCCUCACUGAGCAGAAAGAACAGACCGGUCUGAGUUACUUUUUGUAAACCAUUAAAAAACAGAAACUGGGUCAAGUAGACUCAGCC